GCUUCGUCGUCAAUAGUGGCUUUCGUCUUCACAUUCAAUCAUUUCAUUUUGGCUUUUUAAACCACAUUUUACAGAUGUUCCUCGAGAUAUCAAUGGCGUUUCACAUUUUCCUCUCCCUAUUAUAAAUUUCCAUUAGCCACAUUCAGUUCAGAGCUCACUCCCCCCAUUCCAUGGAGGUCCGCAAAUCAGACAACGACCAUCUAGUCCUCACCGUCGACCCGCCGGAGAAGGAACAAAUCUCACCCUCUCCCACCAGUACCAAAACCCUCCGCCGUCUCAACUUCUCUAAACCAAAAUCCCGCUUCGAUGAACCUAACUUCCCCCAUUCCACUCCCAGAACCAUCCCUGAAUCUACAGACCUCCUUCAACCUCCCCUAGAAGAAGACUCCACUUCUUCAUCCUCAUCUUCAUCCUCUUCCUCCGAGUACGAAGACGAAGAAAUCGGACCGGAAAACGAAAACGAAGGCAAAAGUGGACGAAGACGGAAAAGGAAAGGAAAGCGGAAGAAGAUCAAUAAACGAGUAUUAAUCGAAUGGAUAUUGUUCCUCACCAUAACCACUUGCUUAAUCUGUUCCCUAACACUCGAAUCGCUUCAAGAGAAGCAGAUUUGGAGCUUAGAGGUCUGGAAAUGGUGCUUAAUCGUAAUGGUGAUUUUCUGUGGGCGUUUAGUUUCGGAAUGGCUCGUUGGAGUCCUCGUCUUCGUAAUCGAACGAAACUUCAUGCUCCGUGAACGCGUCUUGUAUUUCGUUUACGGCCUCCGCAAGAGCUUCCAGAAUUGCGCUUGGUUAGGGCUAGUUCUAAUCGCUUGGAUGAUAAUGUUCCCCGACGUUCACCAAAAGAAUAAAGUCCUCCUAAAGGUCUUCCGAUUCUUAAUCGCCGUCCUAAUAGGCGCCACCGUCUGGCUCCUCAAGAUCCUUCUCGUGAAAGUACUCGCAUCCUCGUUCCACGUCGCGACGUUCUUCGAUCGGAUGAAGGAGAGCGUGUUCAACCACUACAUCCUCGAGACGCUAUCUGGACCGCCAUUGGACGAGGAGGAGAGGGAUAAGGAGAUGAAUCGUCGGCGGCGGUUGUUGCAGAUGUCGAAGUCGCUGCCGGCGCGGUGGCUGGAGGGAGGAGGAGGGCAGAUUCUGUCAAGAUCGAAGCGGCAGGGUUCGAGUAAGAAGAUCGAUAUGGAGAGGUUGAGGAAGCUGAGUUUGGAGAGGAGACCGUCGGCUUGGAGUGUGAAGAGAUUGGUGAGCUAUGUGAAAUCGUCGGGACUGUCGACGAUAUCGAGGACAGUGGAUGAUUUUGCUAACGCCGAAUCGGAGAUUACCAGUGAAUCGGAGGCAAGGAACUGCGCUCAGAGAGUGUUCAAGAACGUCGCUAAGCCCGGUGCCAGAUACAUUGAAGAGGAAGAUCUAUUGAGAUUCCUGAAGAUAGAAGAAGUGAACACCAUUUUCCCUCUCUUUGAAGGCGCCAUUGAAACAGGAAAAAUCUCCAAAUCCGCGUUCAGAAACUGGGUGGUCCAUGCCUACAUCGAGCGGAAGGCAUUGGCACAUUCUUUGAACGACACCAAAACCGCGGUCCAGCAGCUCCACAAGCUGGCCAGCGCCGUCGUCAUUGUGAUCAUCAUAGUCAUUUCUCUUCUCGUCCUCGGCGUCGCCACCACUAAGGUCCUCGUUGUCAUCACCUCUCAGCUUCUCCUUGUCGGAUUCAUGUUCCAAAACACCUGCAAAACCAUCUUUGAAUCGAUCAUUUUCGUCUUUGUCAUGCAUCCUUUUGACGUUGGCGACCGAUGCGUCAUCGACGGUGUCCACAUGUUUGUGGAAGAGAUGAACAUUUUGUCGACGGUGUUCUUGAGAUUCGACAAUGAGAAGAUAUACUAUCCCAACUCAGUUCUGCUGACGAAACCAAUCAGCAAUUUCAGAAGAAGUCCCGACAUGUCGGAUACGGUUGAUUUCACCAUUGAUGUCUCCACUUCUUUUGACAACAUCACAGCACUCAGGAAGGCAAUGCAAAUAUACAUUGAGAGCAAACCAAAGCAUUGGAACCCAAAACACUCAUUGGUAGUGAAAGAGAUUGAAAAUGUGGACAAGAUGAAGAUGAGCUUGUGUGUGCAACACACCAUGAACCAUCAAAACUUCCCUGAAAGAAACAACAGAAGAUCAGACCUCAUUUUGGAACUCAAAAGGGUUUUUGAGAUUCUUGGCAUAAAAUAUCAUCUCCUUCCUCAAGAAGUUGUUGUCACUCAGUUCAACUUGACUAAUGGCAGAAUGGCGAUCCCGUCUUCGUGAGAUAACGUCUCUGCAAAGUCGAUAAUCUCGAAAGAAAUCAGAAGAUGCAUUUUGAUCAUACAUCUGUGAUGUAGCUCUAGAUGUAUCAAUCUGCGUUGUGACAGGAGACAACCACAUUGAACGUUUUCUUGUUGUGAAAGGAAGAUGAGCUAAAAUAAUCCUUCACUUCUCUAGGGGUGGCUUUCACAAUGUAUGUGGAAAGUGUGUAUUUGGAGGAUUAGUAUUAUUGUUUUACAUCUUAGGGUAUAUAUUUAGCAGGAAAAAUGGAAAUGUGUAAAAUUUUCUUCAAGGGAGAUUCUCCCAAUCCUUUGAUUUCACAUAAAAUUUUAUGUUUCUUUUGCCUCUACU